GGUUUUUAACUUGUGGUUUUGUUGGGUAAGUGGGAUGAGUUAGCACAACUCUGUAGGAUGUAAAGAAGCUUGGGUGGUUUAUAUUUAAGCACCAGUACAACUAGCUUGUGGAUUGUAAUCAACCCAUAACUGUAGAUCACAGUUUUAUCACUUCUUUUCAUCAUUAUUUCUUUCUUUCAUCACUUUGCCGCUCUGCAAAAGUCUUUUGCAUGUAUCUUCUUGACUUUUGGCACUAGAAACUCUACAAUGAUCCACCAACUUCUUUGUCCUUUUCUUAAAUUUGUUGAAAACAUGUGAAGGAGAGCUAGACUCAACGUCAGCCAGAACCUUGCAUAAGACUUGAAUUACAAGUUCUUUCUUAUCCAAGAGUGCUAAAGUAAAUUAGAGAUUAUGGUGUCAUCUGUGUAUCUCUUCAUGCUGGUGCACUUGCUGAUUUUACUCUUAUGUUUUCAUCUGAUGGUGACAAACUCUACCUCUUCUAUGCAGCCACAAUGUGAUGAUAAUGAGAGCUCUGCCUUGCUUGAGUUCAAGCAGAGCUUUGUGAUUGCUCAGCAUGCUUCUGAUGAUCCUUUUGCUUAUCCAAAAGUUGCAACUUGGAAAUCUGAAGAAGGUAGUGAUUGCUGCUCAUGGGACGGGGUUGAGUGCAACAAGAACACUGGCCACGUGAUCGGCCUUGACCUUGGCAGCAGUUGUCUCUAUGGUUCUAUCAACUCCAGCAGCACCCUCUUCCUCCUUGUGCAUCUUCAAAGUCUCGAUCUCUCUGAUAAUGAUUUCAAUUACUCUAACAUCCCAUCUGCAGUUGACCAGCUUUCCAGUCUAAGAAGUCUAAACCUCUCCUCUUCCAGAUUCUCUGGCCAAAUCCCAUCUGAGGUCUUAGCACUGUCCAAACUGGUUUUCCUUGAUCUCUCACAAAAUCAAUUGAAGCUCCAGAAACCUGACCUAAGAAAUCUAGUGCAGAAAUUGAUCCACCUAAAGAACCUUGACCUCAGCCAAGUGAACAUUUCUUCUCCAGUACCAGAUACCCUGGCAAAUUACUCUUCCCUGUCAUCCCUGUUUCUCGAAAAUUGUGGAUUGUCUGGUGAAUUCCCCACAGACAUAUUGCAGCUUCCAAGCCUACAAUUUCUCAGUGUGAGGAACAAUCCAGAUCUGACAGGUUAUUUGCCUGAAUUUCAAGAAACCAGUCCCCUUAAGUUGUUGACUCUCGCAGGUACAAGCUUCUCAGGGGGGCUCCCAGCUUCAGUUGAUAACCUUUAUUCCUUGAAUGAACUGGAUAUCAGCUCAUGCCAUUUCACAGGUUUGGUUUCAUCUUCAAUUGGUCAACUUUCCCAGCUAACCCAUCUGGACCUUUCCAGGAACUCUUUCAGGGGCCAAAUCCCUUCUUCCUUGGCAAAUCUUUCCCAACUUACGUUCUUGGAAGUAUCUUCCAAUAAUUUCAGUGGUGAAGCCAUGGAUUGGGUUGGUAAGCUAACAAAACUCACUCAUCUGGGCCUUGACAGUAUCAAUUUGAAAGGUGAGAUCCCCCCUUUUCUUGCAAACCUGACACAACUGGAUUAUCUAAGCCUGGAGUUUAAUCAGCUAACUGGUAAAAUUCCAUCUUGGAUCAUGAACUUGACCCGAUUGACAUCAUUAGCUCUUGGGUAUAACAACUUACAUGGUCCAAUUCCAAGCUCAAUAUUUGAACUAGUAAAUCUGGAAAUUCUUUAUCUACGUUCAAAUGACUUGACUGGCAUAUUGGAGCUGGACAUGCUUCUUAAGCUCAAGAAGCUUACUCGACUUGGUUUAUCAGAUAACAAGUUAUUGUUACGAACUGACACCAGUAGCAAUGGUACUGGUCCCAAGUUUAAGGUUUUAGGAUUGGCUUCGUGCAACUUAGGCGAGUUCCCUCAUUUCCUGAGGAACCAAGAUGAAUUGGAACUGUUAAAGCUCUCAAACGACAAAAUUCAUGGGAAGAUACCGAAAUGGAUCUGGAACAUAGGUAAAGAAACCCUUUCACUUAUGGACCUUGCUCACAACUUCUUAAUAGGCUUUGAGCAGCCUUUGGUUGUCCUUCCCUGGGCUAGUCUAAUGUAUCUGGAGCUUAGUUCUAAUAUGCUGCAAGGAUCACUCCCUGUUCCUCCGUCUUCCAUCUCUACCUAUUUUGUGGAAAAUAAUAGAUUCACAGGGAAAAUUCCACCAUUGUUCUGCAACUUGAGUCUUCUUCACAUGCUUGAUUUAUCCAAUAACACCCUAAGUGGCAUGAUUCCUGAAUGUUUGAGCAACUUGAGUAACUCUCUAUCUGUACUAAAUCUACGAGGCAACAACUUUCAUGGAGCCAUUCCUCAAGCUUUUGAAGUAGGAAGCAAAUUGAAGAUGAUUGAUUUGAGUCAAAAUCUGUUAGAGGGGCCAGUGCCAAGAUCAUUGACCAACUGUACUGUGUUGGAGAGUCUCAACCUGGGAAACAAUCAGAUCAGUGAUACUUUUCCCUUCUGGUUGGGAGCCCUUCCAGAGUUACAGGUUCUCAUUCUACGAUCUAACAGAUUCCACGGUGCAAUAGGGAAACCCAGAACCAAUUUUGAGUUUCCCAAGUUGCGCAUCAUUGACCUCUCAUACAACAGUUUUUCGGGUAAUUUGCCAUCAGUGUACUUCCUAGAUUGGAUUGCCAUGAAAAGUAUUGAUGCAGACAAUUUCACAUAUAUGCAAGCAAGUUCAGGUUUUGCUACCCAGACUUACAAGUUAUAUGACAACUACACAUACUCAAUGACAAUGACAAACAAAGGCAUGGAGAGGGUGUAUGAAAAGAUCCCUGGUAUCUUUAGAGCAAUUGAUUUCUUAAGCAACAAAUUCAAAGGAGAGAUUCCAACCUCCAUUGGGACCCUUAAGGGGCUUCAUUUGCUCAACUUUUCCUACAACAGUCUCACUGGUCGCAUCCCUACAUCCUUGAGAAACUUAACAGAGCUAGAGGCACUGGACCUUUCUCAAAACAACCUCUUAGGAGAGAUCCCUCAGCAGCUAACAGAGAUGACAUUCCUUGGGUUCUUCAAUGUUUCUCACAAUAAUCUCACAGGACCCAUACCUCAAGGGAAACAAUUUGAUACAUUUCAAAGUGAUUCCUAUGAGGGAAACCCAGGAUUGUGUGGAAAUCCUUUGAUAAGGAAAUGUGGAAAUCCUAAACAAGCAUCACCACAACCAUCAAUCUCUGAACAGGGUCAAGACCUGGAGCCUGCCAGCGGGUUUGAUAGGAAAGUGGUGUUGAUGGGAUAUGGAAGUGGGCUAGUCUUUGGAGUGAUUAUUGGAUACAUCUUUACCACAAGGAAACAUGAAUGGUUUGUGAAGACUUUAGGACAACAACAACAAGGGAGAAAUUGAAUUAGUGUGUGACUAUAUUGUUUCGUUCCCUUUUUCUUUCUUUGAAAUGUGGAAGAAGCAAUGGACUAGUAUUAAUAUAUAUGGAAUGGUUAAAAAGCUAUGGUGAUUUGCGUGUAAGAAGUAAUGUAACUAGCUUGUCA